CAAAAUGAUUGCACCACUGUAAAACAUAUGUUAGUUUCGAAUGGCGUAGAAGCUCAAAGACAAUGGUUCUCGACGUUUUUCUAAAAUAUAUUUUCAGUCAUUGUAAAUCUUUCUAGAUUUCUGAAACGGUUGUGCGCAACGAAUUCCAGUGGCACUUAAUCUCUGGUUAUUAUUUUUCACCCAUCAAAAGUAAUUUGACGUUCGUGUGCUGCUCUCUGUCGGCCAAUCGUUGGAAUAAUUUGGAGGAUCACGGAUAUCUUCACUGUAAAAAGAGUAACUUCUGCUAUCAGUAAUGGCUGUGAGACAUGCGGUCCAUGGAGGUAGUUGGUACACUGACAAAGUUAAAGACUUGAAUACCCAAUUGGAAACAUGGCUCAACAAUGCUGAUUUAACCCACGGACCUGCUCGAGCCAUAAUUGCACCUCAUGCUGGGUACCAGUAUUGUGGAGCAGUUAGUGGCUUUGCCUUCCGGCAAAUCAGUCCUGCAGUUGUACGAAGGGUCUUUGUACUGGGUCCAUCACACCAUGUUCGUCUAGGAGGUUGUGCAUUGUCUUCUGCUGCUAAAGUUGAGACUCCCUUCUAUGAUUUGAAAGUUGAUGCUCAGGUGUAUGCUGAACUGGAUGCUACCGGGCAAUUUGAAUGGAUGAACAUGAGAGUGGAUGAGGAUGAACAUAGUAUUGAAAUGCAACUCCCUUAUCUUGCCAAAGUCAUGGAGGACUACAAGGACAACUUCUCUGUGGUGCCUGUAUUAGUAGGAUCACUUACUUUGGAGAAAGAGGCUCUGUAUGGUAGAAUCUUCUCUCGUUACUUGGCAGACCCCCAGAAUCUGUUUGUGAUAUCGUCAGAUUUUUGCCACUGGGGCAACCGUUUCAGAUACACUUACUACGAUCACAAUUGGGGGGAAAUCUACCAGUCAAUCCAAACCCUGGAUCGCACGGGCAUGGAUAUUAUUGAAACACUGAAUCCUCAGGCCUUCACUGACUAUUUGAAAAAGUAUGGAAACACUAUAUGUGGGCGUCAUCCUAUUAGUGUAUUAUUGCAGGCUGUGCAUCACUUACAAAAAUCAGGAUCCAAUGGUCACAAGAUGACACUAAAAUUCUUAAAAUACGCACAAUCUAGCCAAGCUCGUCGCAUGGUGGACUCCUCUGUCAGCUACGCUGCUGCAGCUCUGACUUUCGAAUAACGAGCAGCUGGUGUGAGUGCCAACAGGCACACACUCACCAGCACACAGCCUGCAGUGACUGGCACGGUAUAUGCUGUCAUGUUGAAUGUCAGCAUAACCUUGGGAUGUGCUACAGCAGCAGCAACCAGCAUGUUGCCCCUGGCUCUAGGUGUGUCUCCUUUCCUUGAUGAUCUCACCUGGGGUAUGAAUGACAAUGUAGGCCGUAGGAGAUGACUGGGCAGCAUUUCAGAAUUCCACCUUCCAAUCAUACUUGCUCAUUGAGUAGCACAGUUGAUUGUGUGACAACUGUGUUUCUUCUCUUUGUGUUUUUUUUUUUUUUGUUACUGAAUGGUAGCUAAAGGAAGCUUUGUUUUACCAUACAAGUAUGUAUUUUCUCGACAGAGUCAGAAGACUGAGGGAAUUCUAUGCAAGGGAGAUUUAUUUCAUUGCAGUCUGCAUGCUUGCUGCUUUUUGUUUGAGACAAUAACUGCUGCCAAAGGCCUUCCGAUAGCCUUUUGCCCAGCCUCAGUCAAAAGAGUGAGGGACACAAAUGCAUCCUCAGAGCCCCGUGCCUGCCUGCUGCUGUGUCCUUCGAUUACAUGAUCAGGCAGUAUUUAUAAUUAAAUUUACUUGAUUUAACUGAAGCAAAUCAAAGGAUACCAUAUGUUGCACCAAGUGAAAAUGUAUGUGGGAAAAAUAUCACUGUUGUAAAGAUACAUUUUUCUAAUGUACUGGUAUAUGAAUAAAUUUGACCAAUAUGUCAAUGGAAGAAAUAGUUUGUAGUGUGUUUACAAUUGUGUUUCACAAUAAAUGGUUUCAAAUAGUUUGUUUGCUCAGUCCCUGCACUCCAGUCUCUGUUACCACAAAAGGAACACGCUUUGUGGCAAGAUAUGGACUAAAAACUACUUCAAGUAGUCUUUCAGCAAUAUGUGCUUUACUACCAUCGUGGUUAGCCAGCAUCCGAUCUGAACGAUGUAACUGAAGUCGUGUUGUCACUAGAUUGGCCCAAGCUAAUCCUAAUGCUGGAACGGAGAGAGAUUUGUUCUCUCC